GCCUACAGAGGGUUCAGACGUUCAAGACGACGGGGAUGGAGAGGAUACGGAUUUUACCUUUGGUUCUGCUGGGUCUUCUCCGACCCAGCAUGGGCACAGUGUUUCCAUUGACCCAGCCGUGUGAAACAGAUGUAAACGGUACCAUUUAUGGGUACCAGGCAAAAACCCUGAAUGAGAGUCGAACCGUCUCCUUCAGAGAGUACGUUGGGCAGACAGUCCUCUUUGUCAACACAGCUACAUACUGAUCCCUUACCAACCAGUAUGUGGAGUUGAAUGCACUACACGAGGAGCUGAAGUCCUAUGGAUUCACCGUUCUCGGGUUUCCCUGUAAUAUUUUUGGAAAACAAGAACCAGGGAACAAUGAUGAGAUCCUACCAGGUAUAAAACACGUAAGACCAGGAAAGGGAUUUGUCCCCACGUUCCCGCUGUUUGAGCUCGGUGAUGUCAAUGGAGAUCAGGAACAACCGGUGUACACCUUCCUCAAGAGCUCCUGCCCGCCGGUCGGCGACAACAUGGGACCGGCGUCCGAGAGACUGUUCUGGGAGCCGCUCAAGCUGAGCGACAUCAAGUGGAACUUCGAGAAGUUCCUGGUGGGGCCGGACGGGAAGCCCGUCAGGAGGUGGUGUUCCAGGGUCGCAGUCUCCGUCGUCAGAAGAUUCAUCACAGACUACCUCCGGCGUAUACCAGCCCAAAGGGAUCUGAUCAGCCCCCUUUUAGAAUCUUAAGCAAACGUUUAGACCCUUCAACUGGCGACUCGCUUGCUUUCACGGAGAUGAGGCACAGGUGACGGUCCCCCCUGGCGGUCUGCGACAGGUUCUGUGAAGCGCAGAGUUGGGCAUGAUAACAUGAAGAUGGGGCUUGAAAGCAGGAUCUCUGUGGAGCCUCUUCCGAGUCUGUGGGUCCAGAGCCAGCCCUGGAGUGCAUCGGGGCUGCUCCGCGAUCCCAGCGUCAUGUCCUCUCGUACAGCGGCAGAACCUGCAGCACAACCGCCUGCAGAGGACCUGGGUUCGCUGGGUACCUUCAAUAAAGCUUGGGGGAAACACAGUUGCUGACUCAAAUUCCUGCCUCAAGAAAUAUGCAAAGUUAUGCAGACUUAUUGACUGUGUGUGUGUGUGUGUGUGUGUGUGUGUGUGUGUGUGUGUGUGAUUGCAACCCCUGGAUUUAGCAUAUCAAAUAGGACGUUCAGAGUUGACAGAGGAAAGACAUUUAGAAUAUUUAUUAAGCUGGUCAAAUACAAAAAGUCUCACAUAAGAUGUGCUUUUGCCUACAGCAAAAAGGAACAAGAAAAACAUAACUAGGCUACAAACCAAGAAAAUACAACUGCCAAUAAUUACAGCGUACCUUUCAAAGUGCAAUUCAGCUAAUGUCUCAAUUCAGCUCCCACCAGUGAGGAUUUGUUCCCAAUAAAU